CAUUGUUGUGCAUUCAACUGCAUUGUUCCAAUGGCUACUCAAAAUGCUCAUACUUUUGUUUUCUUUGUGUUAUUGGGUAUGGAGAUAUGUUCUGCGGCUAGAACACUCCUAAAUUAUAAGGAGCCUGUCCACGUGCCUGCUGUAGGCCACGGCAUUGGGGGUGGUGCUGGAGGUUAUGGUGGCGGAGGAGGUGCAGGAAGUGGUGGUGGUUAUGGAGCUGUAGGAGAGCAUGGUGCUGCUGGACAUGGAGGUGGUAGUGGUGGUGGAGAAGGUGGUGGUGUUGCCUAUGGAGGUGCUAGUGGACAUGGUGGCGGUGGCGGUGGAGGAAGUGGUGGUGGUGGAGGAGCUUAUGGUGCUGGGGGCGCAGGAGGAUAUGGAAGUGGGGGUGGUGAAGGAGGUGGGUCUGGCUACGGUGCUGGUGGAGAACAUGCUGCUGGCGGUGGAGGAGGAGGAGGUACCGGUGGUGGUGGAGGGUCCGGAUAUUCCGGAGAGCAUGGUAGUGGCUAUGGAGGAGGAGAAGGUGGUGGUGCUGGUGGGGUUUAUGGCGCUGGUGGAGAACAUGGUGGAGGAUAUGGAGGUGGCGGUGGGCAUGGUGGUGGUGCUGGAGGAGGUUAUGCUGUUGGAGGAGCAAGUGGAGGAGGAUAUGGGAGUGGUGGAGGAGCUGGGGCUGGAGUUGGUGGUGGUAGCUAUGCAGGUGGUGGUGGUGGAGGUUCGGGUGGCGGCAGUGGCUAUGGUGGAGUGCACAGAGGUGCAUAUGGAGGAGGUGGUGAAGGUAGUGGUCCUGGUGGUUAUGUUCCUUGAAAUUACCUUCACUUAUUUGACACUAAAGAUAUGCCUCAUAUUACCUUAUUAAAUUAUGAGUAUUAAUGGUAUUAAAUGGGAAAACAAAAUAAGAAAAACAUAACGGUAAGAGGAUAUUUACAAAUUUGAGUGUAUUACGAAUCCCAGUUGUAUGCUACCAAAGGUUCUAUUCAUCAUUAAUAUGGAUUCUUGAUGAUUGUUCUUCAAAAUAUAUUAAAGGGAAAAUUAG